CCCUCAAGGGCGAUUUACGUGAAGGUUGUACUAGUAGUUGCUGGUUAUUCUGGGGAAUCCCAUUACAGGAAGUGUACUAGUCGCGUGGUCAUCAUCGUCCGAUUAGUAUUCAAAGCGUGGCAGUAACUAUCGUGCAUUCUAAGCAACCGGGUCGAACUAAAGGCGAACAUCAUGAUCAUCUAUACCAACACCGGCAAUCCGUUUGGAUUGAAGUUGCUGAUUUGUGCAAAAUUGGCCAAACGUGAGGUAGAGGUUAAGCAUGUCACGUUGAACGAUCCAAGUCUGGGUGAUUGGAAGCAUCUACCGGUGCUGGAGCUGGAUAGCGGGAAAAGGCUGUUUUCCACGGACUUGGCAGUCAAGUACCUGCUGUCGGAUGAAGACGCGUCCAGCACGGUCGUACAACGGGAUGAGUGGUUGGAGUGGUCCACGAAGCGGCUGGCUCCGGCGCUGACUCAUAACAUGGCGGUUGGUUCGCGUUCCGAUCCCAACACGAAGCCAAUCCUCAACACGCUUGUAAAAAUGCUGGAAGAUUGUUUGAGCAAAAGCACCUUCCUGACGGGCGAUAAGUUGACGAGCGCCGAUGUGUCCGUCUGGAGUCUUAUCGCCCCGGAUGGUACGCUAAAGGGUGCAGUCAAUAUUGACAAUUUGCUUCGCUGGUAUAGACAAAUAUCGACGCUACCGGAGGUGCAGGCGGCGCUUGGCGUGCUGCCAUUGAAGGAGCUUAGUUUUGCGUCACUCCAGCAUAGUAAUCGCUUCGGUGGAUUGCAUCAUAUCGUACUGAACCCGGAAAUAGCGGACUUUGAGGGUGAGCUGCUGGCGGACACUGCAGCGAACAUAGCUGAAACGGUGCAACCCGAGGAAAUCGAAGCGGCACGUGUCGCCUUUGCCGACGUGGACAAUCGAGCGAUCCGAGAUGAGCCACGUAUCGUGUUACCGAAGGCGGGCCAAAAGAACAAUCUCAUCACAUCGGCCUUGCCGUACGUUAACAACGUGCCCCAUCUGGGCAACAUCGUAGGCUGUGUGCUUUCUGCUGACAUUUUCGCACGAUAUUCGCGACUCUGCGGAUACAACACGCUGUACAUCGGUGGCACGGAUGAGUACGGUACGGCAACGGAGACGAAAGCGUUGGCCGAAAACAUGACCCCACGGCAGAUCUGCGACAAGUACUUCGAUAUCCACAACUCCAUCUACCGGUGGUUCGGUAUCGGUUUCGAUUACUUUGGCCGAACGACAACGACCGAGCAAACCCGUAUCGUACAGGAGCUGUUCGGAGAACUGUACGCGAAGGGAUACAUCGAAACGCGGGCAGUCGAACAGCUGCUGUGCACGAAAUGUGAUCGCUAUCUGGCGGAUCGAUUCGUCGAGGGUACCUGUCCACAUCCGGGCUGUGGCUAUGAAGACGCCCGAGGUGACCAGUGCGAUGGUUGCGGCAAACUGGUGAACGCAAUCGAACUGUUGCGCCCACGUUGCAAGGUCUGCAACAGUUCACCAAUCAUGCGCGAAUCGAACCAAUUCUUCCUCGAUCUACCAAAGAUUGAACCGGAGCUGCGUGCAUGGAUCGAUCGGUCAGAUCCGGGUUGGACACAUAACGCACGUGUCAUCACGCGGUCCUGGUUGAAAGAAGGGCUCAAGUCUCGUUGCAUCACGCGUGAUCUUAAGUGGGGUAUUCCGGUGCCAGUCGAGGGGUACGAAAAGAAGGUAUUCUACGUGUGGUUCGAUGCCCCGAUCGGGUACAUUUCGAUCACCAGCCGCUACUGCAAGGAGUGGAAACAGUGGUGGCAGCCGGAUACCGCCAACACUGGCGUCAAGGUGGACCUCUAUCAAUUUAUGGCCAAGGAUAACGUUCCGUUCCAUUCCGUCAUGUUCCCGGCUUCCCUGCUCGCCGUCAAUCAAGGCCAUACGCUGGUGUCCCACAUCAUGGCCACGGAGUAUCUGAACUACGAAGAUGGCAAGUUUAGCAAGAGCCGUGGUAUUGGCGUGUUUGGAAAUGACGCACAGGACACGGGCAUUCCAGCCGACGUCUGGCGCUUCUAUCUGGGAGCCUCUCGACCAGAAGGACAGGAUUCAUCCUUCAGCUGGAGCGAUCUGCAGGCUCGCAACAACAACGAGCUGCUGAAAAAUUUGGGCAAUUUCGUCAACCGGGCCCUAGUGUUUUGCGAAAAGUUCUUCGAUUCCACGAUUCCACCGAUGACGCUGAUUGAAGACGAUUACACGCUACUUGCGUUGGCCAAUCGUGAGUUGAAGGGAUACGUCCAUCAGAUGGAGAAGGCGCGUAUGCGUGACGGCAUCAGGCAUAUGCUACAAAUCUCUCGCUAUGGCAACCAGUUCAUGCAGAACGAAGAACCAUGGGUCAAAGUGAAAGGAACGGAUGAGCAAAAGGCACGUGCCGGUACCGUAAUUGGACUCUGUUGUAAUUUCGCAUGUUUGCUGGCAACGCUCAUCUUCCCCUUCAUGCCAGCCACUGCUCGCAAUCUGUACAGCCAGCUGAAUGUCCGAGGAGGCUAUAUCAAUGCAGACAAGCCACUGCUCCGGACGGUGCUACCGAGUGGACAUCGGAUCGGAAAACCAGCCGUACUGUUCUCUAAAAUCGAAGAUUCGCGUCUCGCUGAACUGAAACAAAAGUACGGUGGACAACAGCAAUCAUCGGCAAGCGAAACGGCCAAACCGGCCGCCUCAGCAAAGAGUGCGCCAAAUAGCUUGAAAGAGGCACAGAAAGCGGUAGAUGAGCAGGCAGCCAAAGUGCGCAAGGUCAAAUCGAGCGGAGCCGAUCGUUCUGUCUGGCAACCGGAAGUAAACAUUUUGCUGGAGCUCAAGAAGCAGCUGCAAGCACUGGGACUGCCACGGACCUCUGAGAGUGCCCCGCAAGCUCCUGGAGAACCACAGCAGCAGCAGCCAUCGGCGGCACCGGCAUCGCCUGCUGCGACUACUGCUGAUCCGCAAGCUGUGAAAACACUUGAGGAAGAUAUUGCAAAGCAAGGAGAAAAGGUCCGUCAGCUGAAGGCCAGCAAGUCGGAUAAAUCGGUCUGGCAACCGGAAGUUUCGAUUCUUUUGUCUCUGAAAGAGAAGCUCGCUAGUCUUACCGGAGUGGUAGCCCCGGCACCAAGCAGCGGUAGUGGCAAAAAGAAGGGCAACAAAAAGUAAUCUCUCUUCUUCGCUUAGCUGGCCAUGGAUGCCAGUUCAAUAACUUAUCAAUCAGAAUGGUGCGAGCAUUUCAUGCUCAAUUCCAUCGGUUAUACCUGUUUUAUGCUUCUACUUUAAUAUUUCUGCUGUUCCUUGUUCUCUGAUGUUCCAACAGUAAAGUAAUAAAUAUCGUUUGAAUUUGGCUGUAA